AUCAACAACGAUGGACAUAUCUGGGCAGGUGCAGCAUCUCCAUGAGAUGAUCAACCUCGGGCAUGGGGUGCUCUUGGAAGCGCAGAACCUGAACCUCAAGCAGCCCCUGCAGUCGAAUGCGAGUCUGUUCACCUUCUCGGACAUGGAUGUGACCCCGAGCUCGCCGUCGGGUGGCGACGUGUCGAUGCUCGACGAGAAGGACGACGACGCGGCGGGGUUGGUGACGUUGACGGGGGAUGAAAUUCAGGACUCGUUCACGAAACUGGCGGCACUCAAGUCUGCGUACAUUCGACACAGCUCCGAGCUUCUCGAGAGUCUCCAGCAGAAAAAGGAAGACAUCGCGAGUGAGGCGCUCCUCGCGCGGCGAGAUGGGCUGCGCAAGGACGUGAGCGAUCGGAACGUCGUUCUCAAAGGUCUCAUCGAUCGGCUUCGAAACCUCCAAGUUGCGCUGCGCAUCCUUCACGGCCGCGACUCGGUCGAUCCCGCCGCUUCGUCCGUGGCCAUGGAGGAAAUUUAACAUGCGCAGUUAAUAUUAAUAGUUCAAAAUAUCACAAAAAGUAUCUUGAAAACGUCGAACGUAUAUGAUG